AUGAUCAAUCAAACGGAGAGCAACCUAGCUCAAUCAGAGGCAACCGCCCCUUCGACAGACCGCGACAUCGAGGCAGGGCCAUCUUCCGCAGAAGACGAGCAAAAGCCUCCAGUAGAUCCAUACCUUGUCACCUGGGAUGGACCACAAGAUCCGGAAAACCCAAAAAAUUGGUCGAACAGCAUCAAAUGGCGCUACACAGUGGCUGUCUCGCUCUUCACCUUCAUCUCCCCAGUAUCGUCAUCAAUGGUCGCACCAGCGCUGAAGAAGCUUGGAGAAGACCUUCACAUGCAUAGCGAGAUCGAGAUGGAGUUGUCUUUGUCAAUCUUCAUCCUUGGCUAUGCCGUUGGGCCCGUAUUCUUCGGGCCCGCCUCCGAGCUGUACGGCCGCGUGCCUCUUUUGCAGAUAAGCAACCUAUGGUAUCUAGCAUGGAAUCUCGGCUGCGGUUUCGCAAAGAACCCGGCAGAGUUGUUUGUUUUUCGCUUUCUUGCUGGCAUUGGUGGAAGUGCGCCCCUUGCACUAGGAGGAGGAGCUCUCAGUGACACUUGGAGUGCAGAGGAACGCGGCAAGGCUAUGGGAAUCUACACCCUCGCACCAAUCAUAGGUCCCGUGGUCGGACCGAUAGCUGGAGGCUUCAUUGCAGAGUACUCGACAUGGCGGUGGGUAUUCUGGGCAACCAGCAUAGCCGCCGUUGGCAUCCAGCUGGUCGGGUUGAUGUGGUUGCGCGAAUCCCACCCAGGAACCCUGCUCUUGAGGAAGCGAGACCGCCUGAUCAAGGAGACAGCAAACAGCAAAUUUCACACCGGCGGAAAAGUUGAUAGUCUUUCCCAAAAGCUCCGCGGUGCUCUGGUGCGACCAUUGCGCAUGCUCACAACCCAGCCGAUUGUUACCGUUGUUGCGUUGUACAUGGGCUAUCUUUUCGGGACGAUCUAUCUUAUCACUGCCACGUUUCCGUCAAUGUGGGCAGAGAAGUAUGGCGAAAGCACCGGAAUUGGUGGUCUCAAUUACAUCUCCAUCGCCGUCGGCUCGCUCGUGGGGGUCCUCCUCAACUUCAACCUCAUCGAUCGCAUCUACCGCCAGUUGAAGGAGAAGAACGGCGGCAUUGGCCUGCCCGAAUUUCGCACCCCUACCAUGUUUAUGGGGUCAGUUUUGGUCACAACAGGCCUCUUCUGGUACGGCUGGAGUGUGCAGGGCCAUGUGCACUGGAUCAUGCCUAACAUCGGUGUCGCCAUUUUCGCAGCCGGGUCUAUGGGGUGUCUGCAGGGUAUGCAGACAUACACCGUUGAUAGCUAUCAGACAUAUGCCGCCAGUGCCAUGGCCGCUUGUGCUAUUCUUCGCAGUUUGGCAGGCUUUGGGUUUCCCCUUUUCGCGCCUUAUCUGUACCAGAGUCUGGGCUAUGGAUGGGGUACUAGUGUCUUAGCAUUUGUCAGUGUCGGCCUCGGAAUCCCGGCCCCUUUUCUUUUCUGGAAGUUUGGACCCAAGUUGCGGGCAAUGUCAAAGUUUGCAUCUGGUUGAAUGGUGGGUGCAUAAUUUCUG